AUGGAGCUGGAAAGACUUAUUCUGGAAGAUUGCUCUGACUUAGCAGUUAUCCAUCCAUCAUUUAGUAAUCUGAAGAAGUUGGUUUCUUUGAAUGUGAAGCAGUGCAGUGACCUUCGUGAAUUGCCAGAUUUGGGUCCCAUGAGAGGCUUGAAGGAGCUGCUGAUCGAUCAAACUUCCCUCCCGUACUUGAAGUCUCUCAAAUAUCUCGCUCUAGAUGGGACUGGAAUUGUCACCCUCGGGGAGUCCAUCGGAUCGCUCGAGAAACUGAAGACACUGUCUCUCAAGGACUGCAGGGGGCUAUCCAAUCUUCCAGAUGAUAUAGGGAAGCUCAGGUCACUGCAAUUCUUGGAUUUAUCUAACACUCUGAUUCGAGAGUUACCUCCUUCAGUCAAGAAUUUGAAAGAUAUGAAAGUGCUCAGGAUGAGAGAUACUUCCAUACGGGAGUUUCCUGAAGAUAUACUAAAUCUGGAGAAGCUGGAAGAGAUAGAUUUCACGUCAUGCCGGAGCUUAGCGGGGAAAAUCCCCGACGACAUUGGAAGAUUGUCGUCUUUGGCAAUCCUGAAACUGUCCGACACUCGGAUUUCUGGCCAACUACCUCCAAGUAUUUCCCGCCUCUCUCGUCUCCGAGAAAUCCGCAUCUCCAGGUGCGACAAUCUUCAAAAGGAUGAUUGGUUCCGGACAGAAGAAAUACAGAAGAAAUAG